AGAGAGCGCACUUUGGAAUGUUAAAAAGUCAGCGUCACCCAUUCCCAGGUAAAGUCACCCCUUCCCCUUCUUCUCCUUCUGAGCUUUUCCGAAGCAGGAGGCAAGAGAGCUGAACGUGGAGAGAUGGAUGGUCUGCCGGCCGGUUACCGCCCCAACUUCGGCGUCUGCCUCAUCAACUCCGAUGAUAAGGUGUUCGUGGCUUCUAGAUUAAAUGUUCCGGGAGCAUGGCAGAUGCCUCAGGGUAGCAUAGAGGAUGGUGAGGAACCAAAACUCGCUGCCAUCAGAAAACUACGAGAAGAAACUGGAGUAGUGUCAGCUGAAAUUAUUGCAGAGGUUCCGAGUUGGUUAACCAAUGACUUCCCCCCAGCUGUGAAAGCAAAAGUGAAUCGUCUCUGGGGUGGUGAAUGGCAUGGGCAAGCACAAAAGUGGUUUCUGAUGAGACUUACAAGAGACGAUGACAGCGAGAUCAACUUGGGGAAUGGGGAAGCGGACAUGGAAUUUGCAGAGUGGAAAUGGGCAAGCCUUGAAGAAGUUAUAGAGCAGGCAGUGGACUACAAGAGGCCAACGUAUGAGGAAGUCAUGAGAACCUUCCAGCCCUAUUUCAAUAGCAGCGGAUUAUCGGCUAAAUGUAAAUCAACUAAAUGGUGAACUUUUAUAGGUAGUUUGUUUCUGUUUUGCCUUUUUCUGCCCUUUGUUGAGUAGCUCUCCAUGUUUGAAAGUGAAAUAUAUAUGGGACAUAAUGAUAGAGUUGUACCCUUUUUGUAAAUGGAAUGUGCUUGGUGUGGAUUCUAAGCUGCUGUCUUC